AUGGAGGAUGAAACGCCAAACAGACCAUUCCCUGGAAUGUUCGACUUCAGUUUCUUUGAAAACAUGGCCCAAGUCAACGAAUCGAUUAUGUUUUCGGGACAAAUUAACAGUACAAAUACCUGCGACAGUUACGACAGUGCAGUAGGGCUUACGGAGCACCAUGUUGACCCUCGUCCUCGUCGCCCAGUAUUUCCCUACAAUUAUGAGAACGCUGUUCCGACGCUUGCAUCUGAGUUGCGGCUGCAAGCCAACAAGCCAAGGUUUACCUGUCAGCUGUGCCCGGAGAAAAAUAGGAGGACUUAUGGAGCUCGUAACAGUCUCAAGCGACACAUAUCAGAGCAACAUUAUCCACAAUCUGAGAUGAGUUGUCCAUAUAGGGAUUGGGUAGGCACAAGUAGAGAGAAAUUGCGUCAGCAUUUCAAGUCUGCACAUUCAGACAAAACAUUGCCCACACGGACAGAAUUGGAGGCCAACUUCAGGCCAUAUAAAGCUCCCAUAUCAUGUGCUAUCUGCAGAAAAGUUGUACGAAGCUGGGACGAAUUUUACGACUGCUUGUUCAAGCAUUGCGAGAUGAAAGAUAUGGACUCCAUGAGACAACGCCCCCCCGAAGAACAAACAGAGCUGCUAAACGGGUUAAAUGUCCCUCUAACUUCGGCUGUACUACUGGAGAUGCCAACAAUGCCACCGAAUGAACUGAUAGUGAAAGCGGAUGGCGACCUGGCCUGCGAUGAACUCCUCAACAACUAUCUCGACAUCUCGGAAUUUGUUUCCACAUUUUCACUGGACAUCUUUAAGAAAGCUCAAAUCCCUUCCUAUGAUGUGGAACGAGCGGCCAGGCUGUUGUCGGAUCUACCUGAUGCUCUUUGGUAUUUUGCGGAAAAACUGAGCUACAAGGGCUCCGAACCCUGCAAGAGGUUUGGGUUGAUGGUUUGUAACCAUUCAGUCGACAUCGCCGAGGCCGUAUGCAAUUACUUCACUGACGGAAUCGCUGACUGUCCCUCUAAUACAGGAUGGUCUCUUAACUUAACAGCAUCAGCGGAUCUCAGCAGCUCAACAGCGAGCGGCCAGCUAAAAUUACAUUAUUCAGAGCUCCUCGAACAGUUCCCCGCGUACCGAUGGUUGAUUGGCCGUGCUCGGAAGAUUCUUACCUUAGACACCUUGGGCGACAAUGUGAUGCAAGAUAUCGCGAGAGCGUUUUCUCUCCAGUCUCCAUCAAGCACAGUUGGUUGUAUUCUUCCACCGACAUUGUACGACGUUGAUUUCGUACUUCACUGGGAUCCACGGUCAUUCCUCCGCGUGCAGGAAUAUGCGGGUGACCCAGUCAAUAUUUUCGACCAUGUCAUCACUUUGACUGGGGCCCCGAAUAAUGCACAGGCACUGACUUGUGUUCAAUACAUGCGUCAAACAUGGCCAGAGAGUUCAGACUGUGUGGUCAACUUCUUGCACAAGUUGUUAGAAGUCAGAGAAAACCCCUAUAGCUCAGGUUCGUUUGCCUCUUUGAUUCUUCCUCGCACUAAGACGCCAUUGGCUGAUGCUACUAAUAGGUUCGCUCCAAGAUGGUACUGUUCUUACAGGAGCAUUCGAUGGUUCUGGGGUUGUGGUUCAUGCUCGGGGACUCCAGCACGCCGUCGUCGAAAUAGGCGAGCAAUUGGCCUGGCUAGGCGCGGCGUUCCAGUCAGCACCCGAUAA